GCUCGUGUCCUUCCCACACAACACAUCUGAAGCCUAACCGUUCCUUGUGCGCCUGGCGACAGCAUGGCACCCACCGCCCACAUUGUCUCGCUGGACAUCCUGGCCUGCAAAGAGAAAAACCGAUUGCGGAAGCCCAUGGUGGAGAAACUGCGCCGUGACCGCAUCAACAGCAGCAUCGAGCAUUUGAAAUUUCUGUUGGAGAAAGAAUUCCAGAAGCAUCAACCCAACUCCAAGCUUGAGAAAGCAGAUGUUUUGGAGAUGACCGUCAGCUACCUGAAAUAUAGCCAAACAAUAGCACUCUCUUCUGAAAACUUAACCCAGGAUUACAGCAAAGGAUAUUCAUCCUGCUUGAAAGAAACGCUGCAGUUCUUGGCUGUUCAUUCGGCAAACACCGAAACCCAGCUAAAACUCUUAAACCACUUCCAGAAGUCCUGGGCCACAGCUGCGAAACAGGUGGCUUCUCCUUUGACAUCUUCUCCGGCCCUUCAACUGACCCCACAAAAGCCAGCGCCGAAACUCUCCUGCAAAUUGUGGAGGCCUUGGUAGAAAUGAAAGACUUUUGGUGGGGAGGGAAAUGUUUGUAUGCGUCCUAAUAAGAGAUUUGCGAGGAAUUAGACAUUGGUUGUACAAAUGUUCGUUGCUCCUCUAACAAGUAGGAAAAAAUACAUCCCCUUAAAAAUAUUCCGACAUGUCACAGUUGGGACUAUUCGUUCAGAAAGAUCUGAGUUCUCCUGUCGCUACGGAGAGAAACCAUUCUAAAAGAAUGAAUCAAAAAGUAUUCCUUGUAUUAGGAAAAUUCUAUUUAGCUGUUCUAAGAGAAUAUUGAAUGGCUCUUAACCUUGAAGAGGUUUUUCUCCCCUUUAUAUUGUUCUUAAGGGACAGAAAAGAGAUCUUGUGUCUGUGUACUGGGGAGGGUGUGUGUGUAUUUUGCAAACAAGUAACUUCCAAGAAGUUUAUGCUGAAGUUUCCCAAAAGGAUGUCCUGCAGAAAAAAUAUACUCAACAGUGUUUUGUACUGCUGUUUAGCUGUUCAUACAAACACAGGGACCUUCUUGCAAAAUUCAGCCUACAGCUCUAUGAUAUUUGUAGAAACUAUUGCUAAAGGAGGGGGAAAUGUUACUAAGUGACAGCAGUGUGUAGAGGAUGUUCUUCGAUUACGGUUGGCUCUCUGGAGCAGCGUAUUUGCGUCCGAGAUGUUUACAGAAUGCUUUUUAUAAAGGCAGGAACAUGGUUUUGUAUCCUCAUAGGAAAAAAAGUAACAGGCCACUGUGCCGAUUUAAUUUUUUUUUAAUUUGAAAAGUUUAAGAAAGUCUUUUAUGAAAGGCAAGUUGUAUAAAUGAUAUUUACGUAUAUUUGUACCGUAAUUGUUAUGGCACAUUAUCUUUGUGGUUACUGUUGUCCUUAGAGGAUGUUCUCUGAUUGUGCUUGAAAUGCACAGAAUUUGUAACCUGUUGGAAACUGGGAUGACGUUUCUGAAACUUUUGCACAGUGCUAAAAAUAAAUGGAGAAAUAAAAACCUGCUUGAGUAAA